AUGGCACUUGUGUGCUUUUGGCCUUCUAGGUUUCUGCUUCACCUUAGCCAAAUCAGUGUGAAAGAAAAGAAGAAGAACAAGAGGGGAAUGGGAGACCAAGCAGUGGCAGCUUACCCAUCCCUGGCAGCUUUGACUCUGGUGGCUGGUGCAAACCUCUUUGGAAUUGUGAUGGAUCCAGAAAAACAAAAUGGGAUGAGCCUGAUGGACAAGAGACAACUAGUAUACGAAGUUGCGAGAUGGCCGCAAGGUGCCGUGGAGAUUCUUCAGUGCUGGACCCGCAGGGAACUUCUUGAGCUUAUUUGUGUUGAGCUGGGCAAAGAGAGGAAGUAUACCAAUGUCCCAAAAGCUAAGAUGAUUGCUUAUCUAUUGAAAUUAGUUUCACGAAAGAGUGGAAAGAAUGGACAACUCAAGGAUGAUAAUACAAAUGUUAUGUUAUCAGGGCAGGAUAACAAAGAUGAAACACAAAUGAAGGAAUCUGAGGAACAAUCACGACCACCCAAAACUGCAAACUUUGAUUCAUCAAUACGCAGAGAGGCUCAUCCUGGUAGUUCAGUGGUGUGCAGCAAUGUUGCAUGCCAAGCCACACGGAAUGCAGGAGAUAAAUAUUGCAAACGUUGCUCUUGCUGCAUUUGCAAUAAAUAUGAUGAUAACAAAGACCCUAGCUUGUGGUUGGUUUGCAGCUCUGAUAAUUCAUACAGUGGUUGUUCAUGUGGUGUCUCUUGUCACCUAAACUGUGCUCUAAAGAAUAAAAAGGCUGGCACUGUGAAGAAUGGAUGCAACAAGUUAGACUGUAGCUUCUACUGUUUUAGCUGUGGGAAAAUCAACUGGCUAAUGAGGAGUUUGCAGAAACAACUUGUAAUUGCUAGGGAGGCAAGGAGAGUUGAUGUGCUUUGUGAGCGGCUGUCAUUGAGCCAUAAAAUGGUAAAAGGGUCUGAACGUUACAAGGAAAUAGCGAGCAUAAUCAGCUCAGCUGUGAAAACACUUGAAAAAGAAGUUGGUGGUGCAUUGGAUCAGGUUUCUGUGAUCAUGGGGCGUGGCAUCGUGAACCGGCUUACUUGUGGUGCUGAAGUUCAGAAGCUUUGUUCAAGUGCAUUAGAAAUUGUAGACUCUACAGUGGAUAACAUCUUGGAGUUUGAGUCGAAUAAUAGUCCAAAACUCCUAGGUCCCCAGCCCCAGAUCCUUUUUGAUGAGAUCACUCCAUUUUCUGUGGUUAUUGUGUUGAACUAUCAGGAUAACAUUGGUAAGGAGCAGAUUGAUGGUUCCAAAGUUUGGCACCGAAGUGCCAAGGUUUGCAACUAUUCAUCAGAGCCCACAUGCCACAUACUGAGGCCAAAUACUAGGAGCCUGGUUUCUGGUCUGAGCCCUUCAACUGAAUACAUCUUCAAGGUUUUGCCUUUUAGCAGCAUACAGGGGUUUACUGAAUGGGAGGCAAAAUGCAGUACACGCAGCCUGGACCAUGGUAGCAGCCAGUGCUCAACUCAAAACUCUGAGAGCAUGUGCCUCAAAGAGGAUUCAAUGCAGCAUCAGAAAAAGGAUUUGAAUGUGCAGAAUCAUCAGAGAACCAUUCAAUAUGAUUCACCUAAGGGUUCUACAAAUUCAAGUGAGAACAAUUUAUCAUGUGAGCGGUAUUCCAAGCGGGCUAAGGUUGCAAGGUUAGACGGUGCAAGUGACAACGAUGAAAGCCAGUUGCCGCCAACUUCUGAAGUUUUACCAUUUGCAAGCUCCAACUCCUCUCCUUCCGAAGCUCCUAGUAAACCUGACUUGCUUAUUGGCACCCCAGAUUCAGCCUACAAGAACUAUGUGGAGCAGCAGUAUGAGUACUGCGUGAAGGUGGUCAGGUGGCUGGAGCAUGAAGGGCACAUGGACAACGACUUCCGUGUAAAGUUCCUCACUUGGUUCAGCCUAAAGGCAACAGCACAGGACAGGCGAAUCGUGGGCGCCUUCGUAGAUGCUCUUAUCGGUGAUCCUGCAAGCUUGGUUGCCCAACUGGUUGAUGCAUUCAUGGAUGUCAUCUGCAUCAAGGAGAAGCCCUCUCAAGCACAACACAAGGAUGCAUGCUGCAAGGUUUGGCACUAG